AUGGCAUUACCACGCCUUGUGGUGAUCAAAUCAAACUACAACCACAAAUACUUGCGCUACAUCCAAGAAGAUGGAAAGGUGCACGGGCUACUCCAAUUCUCCGGAAAGGAGAUUGUGAGCCCGUACGUCAAGUUUGCAGUGGAGGCGGCAAAGUACGGACAUGGACUGGUGCACAUUCGAUGCUGUUGCAACAACAAAUACUGGCAAAGGAGUUCGAAAGACGACAAGUGGAUCGCUGCGGUGGGUGACGAACCGGAGGAAGACCAAAGCAAAUGGUCAUGCACGUUGUUCGAGCCCCUCUACGUAGGGGUUGACGCUAAAACAAUACGAUUUCGCCACGUCCAGCUUGGGAACUAUGCGUGCUUGUGGAGGGCAGCCGCCCCAUACGAGUCAUGUCUGUACGCAGCAGCACCAACGCCCGGCAAAGAGUGCGAUAUCUUCAUUGUCGUUAAUUGGCAAUCAUUGUUGAUACUGCCAAAAAAAGUCGCAUUCAAGGGCUCUAAUGGCAACUUCCUCACCUCCUCCUGGAUCGAGGACCAUCCAUAUCUGGCAUCCACAAGCAGCGACAUUGGAGAUAUAACAGUUGGGAACGAGGUGAUUACCACCGUCGAUGGGAGCGUCCAAAUCAAGUCCGAUUACCACGGCAGAUUUUGGAGGCGUAGCCCUAAUUGGAUAUGGGCUGACUCAGCAAGCAACUCCACUGAAGACUCCGACACCAUGUUUUGGCCGAUUAAAGUAGAUAGCAGCAAUGUAAUUGCUCUCCGCAACUUGGGUAACAACAAUUUCUGUAAGUUACUAACCACGGAGGGUAAGACAAAUUGUCUUAAUGCCGCUGUCUCCACCAUUACCAAAGAAGCACGGUUGGAGGUGCACGAAACUGUUUUCUCAAGGAGAAUCUAUAAUUGCAAUUAUCGCCUCACAGAUGCCAGGAUCUACGGAAAAACCCUCCUCACCAUGGCCACCGGAGAAGCCAUUAACUACAACAAUGAGCCAAGCUCCUUCAGCACAAAGCUCUCGUACACAACGACUAAGAGCAGUACUUGGAAUUAUAGCGUUUCAUUGAAGUUGGGUGUCAAAACAACCUUCGAAACAGGCCUUCCGUACAUCCUGGAUGGAAAGGUUGAAGUUUCCGCUGAGGUUACCGGAACAAAGGGGUGGGGAGAAACUGAGAUUUCAACAACCACAGUGGAGACUGUGUACAAUGUUACCGUGCCGCCAAAAACUAAGGUGACGACCGACAAUCUUCCUGACGGGACAUCUAUUACUUACAACAUGGGAGACGGCGUUUACACUGGUAUCAAUUCCUACGACUUCCAUUACGAGACCAAAGAAGAAAAGCUUGAAGGUUCAAUAGUCGGCGUUCCAUUGGUUGUGGAUGGACGAGAGAUCCCACCGUACUGUUCCAUUGUUUGUCAACAAAGAUACACUCAACACUCUAUUCUGUCAUAA